AUGAACAACGACGCUCCAUCAUCAUCAUCUCGUCUGUUCAUCUCGUCGUUCGCCUCGCGAGGAAAGAAUACCAGCAGCAGAUGCGUGAGCACGACUUCUCUCGCUCGAAAUACCCAAAAAGAGGGAGAGCGAGAGCAGCAGCAGCAGCCGAAAGGAGAUGACGACGGCGGAAAAAACAACAGCCAAGAAAAAAAAGCAGCAACCGCGGAAGGAGAUGGAGCGACAGGAGGAGGAAAAGAACAAGAAGAAGAACAAAACGAACAAGAACAAAACGAAAUGGCAGAGAAAGACGCUUUAAUCGUCGAAUUAAACGAAAGACAUUUGAGAACAUUAGCGGAUAUGGAAAACUUACGGACGCGAACGCAGAGACAGAACGAAGACGCGAAGAAGUUUGCGGUGCAAGGCUUCGCGAAAGAUUUAUUAGACGUGGCGGAUAAUAUGGACCGAGCGUGCGCGACGGUGACGGAAGAGAUCAUCGCAGAGGCAAAGAACGACGCGGGUAAAUUGGAAACUCUUUUGCGAAGUUUUAAAGAAGGCGUGGAGUUGACGCAAAGACAACUGAGUAGCGGAUUUAAGAAGAACGGAUUGGUAAAAUUCGAUCCAGUGGACGAACCGUUCGAUGCGAACGAGCACAUGGCGUUGUUCAACGUUCCAGUCGGGGAAACGAAAAAAGAGCCCGGGUCAGUUGCUGUGGUAACAAAAGCUGGGUAUAGAUUACACGAUCGAGUAGUGAGAGCGGCGGAGGUGGGCGUGUAUCAGUAA